GACGGGUCGCGGGCGCAGUUGAUGUCCGACACAGCCGCAGCGCGACUGUAGUGGGUGUGCUGUGAUUUCUGGGCUUAUCCUGUGUUUGCGAAUUGAAGGAUUUUACGCUUUCCAAGAUGGUGGUGGGCGCGAAAAUAGCUCUCCAACAUGUGCCCAGCAAAGGGAGGAUAUCGCUCAUGAAAAUACAAAAUUUUACUGUCAUUAAAAGACAGUCAAUAGCAAAAGCAGUGUAUGGGUUCCUCAUGGUGGGCGCUGCUGUGCUCAUGAUAUUUAUCAACCCUCUAGAGCUAAUCACUAAUUGGUAUCUAGACAUAAAAGAGGGCUCAUUCCUAUUCCGGAUGUGGGAAAAACCUUCAUACGAGAUAUAUUCUGAAGUCUGGCUAUAUAAUUACACAAAUGUACCAGAAUAUCUAAGUGGCGAAUCUAAAGUAUUGAAGUUGAAUGAGGUUGGACCAUUUACGUUUCAGGAGGUGAGGACGAAUGAGAAUGUGACGGUGGACAAGGACCGAGGAGUGUUGACGAUGAAGCCGAGAACCGUGUUGAACUUCCUUCCGGAGCUGUCGAUGGCGGAAUUGACCGAUGCGACCGUCACUGCGCCUAACAUUGCUCUUGUUGCAGUGAGUUCCCUUGCUGCUGAAAAACUAGGAUACUUCGCCAACGCCGGUGCUUACUACUCUUUGUCAGCUCUCGGAGUGAAACUGUUCAGGAAUUUCACGGCGGAAGACAUAUUGUGGGGCUAUGAGGAGCCUAUAGUUUCCAUCGCCAAUAAUCUCUUUCCUGGAUGGAUCGAUUUUGGAAAGUUGGGGAUUUUGGACAGGUUUUACGCCCAAAGAUCUGAAUUCGUUGAAGUGGACAUUGGCAAUGCCAGCAACAGGUUUUCCUUAAGAGAGUGGAAUGGCUCCCCCGGGAUCCCGGAGCAGGGAUUCACUGAUUUAAAUAGUAGCAUCCCAUGCAACGUGAUCAAGGGCACUUACGAAGGUUUUAUGCUGCCCCCGAACUUUCCUCGGGGCAAAAACAUCCCCAUCUUUAGGAGGCAAGCGUGCAGGGUCUACCCGUUUGACUACAGCGGAGAAUUUGCCGGUGAUAAUGGAUUUAACUACUACAGGUACAUAUUGGCCAAGUCUUCAUUCAGCAGGAGUUCUCAGUACGCGUGUUCGUGUUCGCACAACUGCAUGCCUGAGGGCUUCGUCGACGUUAGUAAUUGCUACUACGGCUUCCCUAUAGCUCUAUCGAAACCUCAUUUCUUGGAUGCGGAUCCAGUACAGCGCGCGUAUUACGAGGGCUUGCACCCAGACCCUGAAAAGCACUCCUCGCAUUUGGACGUGGAGCCGACCAUAGGGGUACCACUGACGUUGCACUCAAAGAUUCAAGUGAACAUAGCAGUGAGAACCUCUCCUGGAAACCCCAUCAUCAACCCUCUGAAGGAUAAAGUCUUGCCCAUCCUCUGGUUAUCUAUGUAUUGCGACCAUACGCCCCCCGAGGUCAUUACUCUCCUCCGACUGCGUCUCGUCAUCGGUCCACCGCUGAUUAUCACCAUUGAAGUCGUCCUCUUCAUUACUGGCUUAUGUCUCGGCAUUCACGGCUUCUACAGGGUUUGGAAACCCAACUAUCAUUUCGGGGAGGUCAACAGAAGAAGUGUAGAAAGGACUGUAGACAGAAAGAAUGUCGACAGGAGUGUCUUGUUAAAUAUAGCUGAGAAUACAGCAUUUAGUGAUGAUGAUACCGCUAAGGAAUCAGUUUCGCUUCUAACCAUGGAGGUGGACGAGGCGGAAACACCGGAUAUAGUUGUUGGUGAUUAAUAAAAUCAUAUUGAUUUUGAGAUAACGAAGGUUCGGUGAAUUUUUUUAUAUCCGACACUGAAUAAGGUGUAUUAGAAAAGUUAAGAAUUGUGAUAUAUGAGUUUGAAGUUAAACCAACAUUACUGAAGGGAAUAUUAAUCAAGUGCUUUAAAGUCAUAUUCACGAUAUCUUGAACAAUGAACGCAAUUAUGUUGUAAUUUUCGAAGGAACAAAAUUAUUACGUUAAAUGUGUUGAGGCUAUCAAAUUUAGACCCGUAAAGUUAUUAAAUUAAAUGAGCUCUCGUACAAAAACGAUACCACAUAUGUGAGUUUUGUAUCAUACUUUGAUCGAAAUAUCAAUGAACAAUAUUUUUAAGGUUACUUCUGUAGUUUUGUACAUAAUAAAUAAGAACAUUCCGUUUAUCUGAUCCAUCUCUAGAUCUUAAAAGCUAGUCCUUGGAGAGCCAUCAUUGCUUUGAAUUUAAAAGCGAAUAUAUUGUUUUUGUACUUACCUGUCUUGUCGAAUGGUCUGUUGAUUGUGACAUAAUUAGUAUUUGAAAUAGAUAUCUCGUCAGUAGUUUCUUAAUGUAUGAAUGGUUAACAUCUAACAGUUUAUAUCACGAAGUUAUUAUUAAGGCAAUGAUAACUUUCCUUCCAAAUAAUGAUAAAGGUAAUAUCGAUUUUUUUUUUAGAUUUUGACUAGGAUUCUAAUAUUUGUAAAUAUAUGAAUCAAAUCUUGUUUAUGUAACUUGAAUGUUGUAAAUAAUUAUUAAUAAUUAAAACUCGAUCGGAGUCGAACUAUUAAGUUAAGGUGUUAAGGUACGAAAUGACUAAAUUCCGAUAUCGGUUCCGAUUUUAAUUUUAGGUUAAGUAUUGUGAUAUUAUUUUUAAGUGUUUUGUUUGAUGUAAAUACUAAAGAUAUUAAUGAUAAACAAGUUUCAGUUCUU